CCCCCUUAUAAGCACCAGUCUUCAAAUUCCAAAACGUUCAUCUCCAACUUCUACUCGAGCAAGCUUGGAUCAAAGGAAGGCGAUGAAGCGAAGGUUCAGUUCACAUCCUUCUCACGCUCAGCGCUCUUCGAGCCCUGGCUUCAAUCGAGAGCAGGACUCCGACUAUCAAUACGGUAAAGGCAAGGAAAAAAGAGUGAGAUUUACAGAUGUUGAUAGCGAGUGUGCGCGAAAUAACAGAUCAGGGAAGAUGGUAUUCCCAAAACUUCAGAGUAUACGUACUUUAAAAAAGUGAAGGAGUCGUUGGGGAAGCAUGAUCAUCAGUUUCGGAAUAAAGAAAGUCAACAAGAACUGAAGGACAUUGGGAGUUGUUAUGCGAACGGCUUAGGAAAACUGAAAGAAAAAAUGAAGAGACCUAACACUGAUGAUUAUAUUGGUGAGGCUUUGAGAAAAUCCACUCUGAACUGCCAUGUUGGACACACCAAGAUGUCAGCUCAGCCGGAAAAAGUAAUUCUGAAUAACCGGUGCAUGUCUGUCUUGCCCGGAGAAAAGAGAUUAAUGCAGGAAUGUCCAGUAAGCUUAAAAUACCCUUGCUUUUCACAUCAUAAGACUGUCGAAGUCCUAGACAAAGAUUUGUACUUAUCACCCCCCCGAAGUGCUCUCUCAAAACAUUCAGGCAGCCAAUACUUGGAGAGUGAAAUUUUUUCUGUGAAGAGGCAGAAGUUAUGCCGGUGGGCAGAAAUGGCUUUAGCUGGAAGUCGAAAGACUCGAAACUCCAGUUCCAAGGAGUAUGACAUGUUGGCGGUGCUCCUUAGUCGUCUUUGCCCCAAUAGCAACGAGAGCAACGGUUCAACUGCCACAGACGAUACUGGUUGCUCACCUGUUCUUACAGGGCUGUAUCUCUCUGAGAUGAGGCAUGAUGAUCAUAGUCACAUAAGAGAGUCAACCACACCAGAGGGUGAAUCAUUCCAAUGUAGGGAACUUUCUAGACAGUGGGGUGGAACAAGAAGUGUAAUGCAUUGGUCUGCUCUUCCUUGUUGCAAUUCAGAGUUCAACAAAUUAGAGUAUGAACCAUUCCAAUGUAGGGAACUUUCCAUAUUGUCUGGUGGAACAAGAGGCAUACUGGAUUGGUCUUCAGAGUUAACCACAUCAGAGCAUGAAACGCUCCGAUCUACAGAACUUUCCAGAUGGUCUGAUGGAACAAGAGACAAAAUGGAUUGGUCAGCUUUUGCUUCAUAUGAUUCAGAGUUGACCACAUCAGCAUAUGAAUCAUUCCAAUGUAGGGAACUUUCCAGAUUUGGUUGUGCAGAAAGAGAUGCAAUGGGCUGGUCUUCUUUCGCUUCACAUAAUUCAGAGUUAACCACAGCAGAGUAUGAAUCAUACGGAAGUAGGGAACUUUCCAGGUGGCCUAGUGGAUUGAGUGAUAUUAUGGACUGGUCUGAUUUUGGUCCAUAUAGUUCUUCUACAAAAUGUAAAGCAAGAACUGUUCAGCACAGUGAAGCGGUGGAUAACAAUAAUGCUUCAUAUAGUGUAACACCCAAAAGCUGGUUGAGACCUAUUGAUUCACCUGUGCACUUAAAGCAUGAGAGGUAUAGAUAUAGUGAUUGGUGUCAUCAUGAAGAACAGGAUAGCUUCUGUUUACAGGAUGAAUCUUCAAGAAUUGUACCAGAAACCUUGUUGCUGGAUUGGGAUUUAGAUAAAGAGAAAGAUGAACCGGAACUAGGCAUAAUUACUGCCAGCAACUGUGUGAACAAACUACAUUCACAAAUUGCAACUCCAACCAAACACUCUCUACAUGUUCAUGCCUCACCUUUCCCUCCAACUGCCUUGCCAGGGGAAGAGCUAAAUUCUGCGCACUUUUAUUCGUUGUACCAUGAUGAUUGUGGCAAUGCAAUUUCCUAUUUUGUAAAUGAUCCUCAGAGUACUCCGUUCAAAGUUUUCAGUGAGAAGCGUCACUUAGAGUGCAGUUUCCUAUUUCCUAUGGUACUGAAUAUUUCAGAAGGGGACAUCUUAACUAGUUUCCCUUUGCCUGGUCAUUCUACUCUAUAUUCUGGUAGAAGUGCAUAUAGUACGCAAUCACAUAAAGCAUGGAAUUUAGGAAGUUCAAAUUCAAUCCAAAUCAAUUUUCAAGAAGCGCCUGACUCUCAUGAGGAGCACAUCUUUGACAGAAUGAUUGGCGGCCCUUUGUUGCUUCAGGACUCAAGUGGGGCUAGAUCAGAUGGGAAACCAUUUAUUGGACAUUAUGAUGAAUGGGAAAUGUAGCUGAGCAUACAGGUACACUGGCGUAUAUGUGGAGGACUUGAAUAUAUGCUAUGUUGCAUUUUAUUUCAUAAAGGUGUUUCUUACUCCAUAUCUAUACAUCAGUUGCAUAUGGUUUUGGCACAACUAUUAUAAAUGAAAAAGAGUUUAGUAACUCUAAUCUGGAAUAAUGUACUACUAAUAUGACGCCAGCUUACUUUGUUUGGUUUCAUGAUAAGUUUGUCUGAUUCUCCUUGGAGAGACCCCAGUAAGGCGCUUGAAUAUAUGCAUUAGUGCAUUUUCUUCAUACAUGGGCUUGUUUUUUUUUCGGAAUUUCAAAGAGAAG